UCAUCUACCGUACAGACCCUCAAUUUCCCAUCUGCCUCUCACUUCGACGCCUGGCUUCUCGACUCCGGCUCCUCAACUCCCUCCGGCAUCUGGCUCCGCUUCAGCAAGAAAUCAAUCAUCGCCAAACUCCCCUCCAUCAGCUAUCUCGAAGCCGUAGAUACGUCUCUGUGCCAUGGCUGGAUCGACGGCCAGCGCAAACGCCUUGACGAAAACUUUUUCUUACAGCGCUUCACGCCUCGACGGCCCCGAAGCCUAUGGUCUCGCCGCAACGUCCAACGCGUCCAGAUGUUGACGGCUGAGGGUCGGAUGAAGCCCGCGGGCAUAGCUGCGGUAGAUGCCGCAAAGGAGGAUGGGCGGUGGGAAAAGGCCUAUGCAGGUCCGGCGACGAUGGAGGUCCCCGAGGAUUUCGAGGAUGCGCUGGCAGAGAACGAAAUGGCCAAGAUGACGUUCCAGGGGCUGAGCAAAUCGCAGAGAUAUUCUUUCCUGUGGCGUAUUCAUACUGCCAAGAAGAUCGAGACGAGGGAACGAAGGAUUCGGGAGUUUGUCGACCUCUUGGCAGAGGGGAAGGGAUUGUGA